AAUGUGGAGACCUGCGACGUCACCCUCAAACCGCCCGGGGUUGUGUUUUAAGAAAAAACUUUUUAAAACUAUAAACACAACAUUUCAGGGACGCCGUGUGUCUCCAUGGUAACGGCGGCGUUGUGAGCGGCAGGGGGCGGGGCCGGACAGAGACGAGGCUGCUCUGUGUGUCCUGGAGUGUGUACAGGCGUGAAACAUCAGCUGAAGAUGCCAUUUCAAGGUGGCUUUUAUUACCCAUACAACCGUGACAACCAAGGGGCCCACUCCUCCGCCGGGAUUCCUUCUCUUCUUAACUCUCCCUUCAGCCAGUCGUCUAUAAAUGGUCAUUGUGCUCCAGGUAUGACUCCUUCCAGUGGCAUCUCCACGGCUCCGCUCUUCAGGUUCCAGCCCCGGCGAGAGAGCGUGGACUGGAGGCGAAUGAACGCCGUGGACAUCGACGCGGUGGUCAGUCAGAUGGAUGUGGGGGUUCUUCAGGAGUAUAUCACCACGGUAACGUACUGCAGCCUGGACGGCGAGCGCUGUCCCCGGUGUCAGAGUCCCGUAGACCCCGCUCUCGUCAAGCUUCUGCGGCUGGCUCAGCUCACUGUUGAGUACCUGCUGCACUGUCAGGAGUUAUUGACAGCGGAAAUGCACAUGAUGGAGGAGAGGCUAGAGGCCGCUGGUAAGGACCGGGUACAGCUGCAGGCUCAGCUAAAGGAGAAGGACGAGCAGAUAAAGACGCUGAACGAAGAACUGAAACAGAGGAGGAAGGUUAUUCGUACGCAGCAGAGGAUUCUCGCGCCAAGCAUCAUCAACAGCCAUAAGUGUCUACAUUGUGAAAAAUCAUUCCUAAAUGCAACUUUUCUGCAAAAUCAUAUGCAGAGACGUCACCCAGAGGAGUAUGAUGCCAACACUGAAAGGAAGUCCGAGAUGGACAGCCUCAAAUCAGAGAUCACAGCUUUAAAGGAGCAGAUUGUUCAGCAGCAGACGGCCCUACAAAACAAAAUAGCACAGGAGAAAGAGCAGGAGUCUUUACAUAGAGACCUCAUCAGAGAGCUGGAUCGGUUCAAGGCGGAGGAGAUGGCUCGCAUGGACCAAAAGAUCGAGGGCUGUAGAGACGGGAUUCGACGAGAGAUGGAAUUUCUAUAUACUCGUAACAUCCAAGCCCUUAACGACGUGAAUCAGCAGCAGUCCACCAGACCAGGGAAGUCCAGCCCCGUUCAAAUGGAGCCAGAAAAAGACUUGGACAACUAUAAUGAAAUGCAGAAACAUGCCAUACAUAAACUUGAACAGCAGCUCAAGAAGCAGGACAAAAAGUUCGAGUCUAGAUUGCAGAAUAUGAAAGAUCAGCACGAAUCAGAGAAAAACCAGUUACUGAACGAGUUAAACAGAAUGCAGAUCACGGUGUCAGAGCAACAAGAACACAGUCAGAGGCUCAGGCAGGACCUGGGCCGAAAGCUCCAGGAGAAAGAACACAUCAUCAAGAGCCAGAAGGAGCAGAUUAAGAAGAUGGCAUCCAGCCCACCAGCCAGAGUGGUAGAAACACAAGUUCUUCAGAUGUCUGCAGCACCAGAGCUGAAACAAAAGAGAGUUGUUCUUGACGAGCCCCCCCCUGCUCUAAUGCUGGAUCCUAUACAGGAGCUGUCAGAAGAGGACAGAGAGUCCAGCAGUGUUUCUGAAGCAAAGCCAGUGGAGAAAAGACCAGAGCCAGCACCAGAGAAGAAGCAGAGGACGACCAUCAACGCUCUGAGAAGAAACCCCGACCUCAGGAGAGAGAUGAGGCCUGAGCUGGAGACGUCGGUCAUGAGGAAGCUCCAGAGCUACGGAGUCAAAGCUAAUCGAACUGGACUCAAGACCAAAGAGAUGGAGUCUAUACUUGUCAAGGUGCAGGCGGAGCGGCAGAGGACAUCCAAAGACCUGCCCGAUUACUGGUCUUAUCGCCAGGAAGUUAGCGAUAAUCUGGACAACAAGCUGGGACGUCCAAAGAAGAGCCAGGACCACAGAAACAAACAGCCGCUGCAAGUGUUGCAGAUUUACCCUCGGUCCAACAGCCUGCCGUCCAAAGCAGCAACUGUGACGUCGGUAUCUUCAGAGAGGGUCUCCAAAACCCCCCAGCCCAUCCCGAGAUCCAAGUCUAUACCAUCACCAAAAACCUCCACACCCAAAGACAAACCCCCGAGGAGAUACCCUUCCAUGACCCCUCCUUUCAGCUCAGACGAGGACUCUGAAGAAGAAGACACAGACGCCGAGGAAGAGCGUCAGUUGGACCAGAGGAAUAAACCCAGUCUGGUCCAGAGCAGAACCACUCCGGUUCUGACCAAGCAGGCCUCGGUCACCUCGGUCAGCAGCCUGCCGUCCAGAGGGAAGACCACAGAAGUGACCAAAACAACGCUGACGAAGAUGAAGAUGGACAGUGACGACGAGGAGACGUGGUCCGACGUCAGCGAGCUCCAAGAGAUCGAUCCUAAACAGAGCUUCAAAGACCAGAAUGGGAACGUGGAGAGGAAGAGCUUUGGGAAAGAAAACAAAAUCAGUGAAAUGGGCAAAAAAAUUGAAAAACAGUUUACAGAUAGAUUGGGCAAGAAACCAGCAGGGGGCGUUAGCAUUUUGCCUGAGAGGAAAGACGAAGUCCAAGAACUCUCAUGCACAGAUCUAGAAGAGAGCAAUGAAUGGUCCUCAUCUGUGGAAGACAAAGUGUCCAAACCCGUCCAUGGCUCUGCAGCUCUGAGGAAGAGCCUGGACUCAGCCAGCACCAGUGUGUGGGGGACGUCCACCGGGAAGGGACCCAAGUCCAGUUUGACUGAAGCGAGUACAGGAAGCACUUUGAAGAGCACCAUUUACUCCAUUAGCGACGCCAGUGACGAUGAUUUUAGCAAUAAUUAAAUAGAAAAUAUCACGUAGGCCAUAUGCAAACCUGUAAACCUGUAAACCUCAGCCAUCUCCGGACACACCUCGACACAAGCCAAAUGCACACUAGAUAUUACAAAAAGGGAUUUAAACUGUUCAAAAUGUCUUCAUGAAAUAAGCAAGUCCCGCAGUAACAUAUUAUGACUUUUAUUAUGACUAGAAUGCACUGUUUUUACUUAGAAAUACUUUGUGCCAAUGCAUUUGCCUAUGAACUGAUCAGAUGCGCUUGUUUUUUAGUAAACACACAUUUAUUAUUACAUUACGUGUUUUGUACAACAUAUUUUAUAAGAUUUGAACAAAAAAAUAAUUGUAAUUUUUGUAUAGAAAGUAUUUAUACAAAACAAUAAAACAUUUUCAAAGAGU